UUUGGACAUUAUAGAGCUAUCUGUGUAGUGCUACUACCACUAAACCAUAUCCGCAAUCAUGAAAUACGUUUUGUUGCUUUAGAAAAACUAUAUUUAUUCAUACACAGUUCUUGCUUGUUUAGAAGCUUCUGCUUUGUUUCAACACUCAGGGUUCCUGCCAUGGAUUCAAGGAUUCUCUUCGUUCUUCUGGUUUCCCUGCUUACUCAUUCUUUACUUUCUAUGGAAGUUCAAUCAAAAUCAACAACUUCUAAAAUCAGUGUCAUGGGUAUUGUGUAUUGUGAUAUGUGCUCUAAUAACACCCUUGUUAGACAUAGUUACUUCUUACCAGGUGUGAAAGUUCACUUGAACUGCAAAUUCAAAGCAACUUCACCGACAACAAGAGAAGAGAUUACCUUCUCAGUUAACAGAACUACUGAUAAACAUGGUGUUUAUAGGCUGGAAAUCCCAUCUGUUGACGGAAUUAGUUGUGCUGAAGGUUUAUCCAUGGAGUCACAUUGCCAAGCGAGUUUGAUUGGGAGUUUGUCAUCUUCGUGCAGUGUUCCUGGACUGAAAACAACAACAGAUGGAAUAACAGUCAAAUCAAAACAUGCAAAUCUUUGUAUUUACAGCUUAAAUGCAUUGAAUUUCAGACCAACAACUAGAAAUAUUACCUUGUGUGGAUAUGAAAAAGAAAUAUCAAAUGAUGAUCUGAAUUCAUCGAAAUUCUUUUUUCCUUUCUUUCCACCAUUUCCUUUUCCGUUUCCUUUCCCACCAAUGCCUUCAUUGCCUUUCCCUCCAUUAGGACCAUUACCACCUUUCCCAUCCCUCCCCUUCCCACCACUGCCACCAUUUCCUUCUUUGCCGUUUCCAUUUCCCAAUCCACCAUCACUACCUUUCCCAUUCCCACCUUUUCCUCCAGCCCCUUCCUCUGCACCUCCUGCUUUCAAUUUUAAAGACCCUAAGACUUGGAUUCCUUCCCCUCCUAGAAAUUCUCAAAGCCAAAAUCCAUGAAACCAUAAUUGAUUACAUUUUAUUCUCUAUUGUGCGUGUUAGAAGUUUACGUUUUCAUGUAAUUAUUAGAUACAACGGAGUGCAGAAACAAUAUUAUGUUGCAGAAUCUAUAUUAUGUUUCGCUAAUAUGAGAUAUGGUGUACUAGUAAUAGAUUAUGGUAUGUUACUUAGCUGCAUUGUCUUGGUUAGGAUAAUAAAAGUUGUUUCCGGAUAUUUGUUGAUGCGUGCUAGUCUUAUCUAAGCAAUGGUAACAACAUUUAGUUUUUUU